AUGGACUUUCAAUUCCACCCCGGUGUCAAUGGCUCCGACCCUUAUGUCGACUUCUAUCCUUACACACCCUCCGCGACAGCCGGGUACGCCUUCAUGGCCAUUUUCGGCAUUGCGACCCUUGUCCACUUCGUCAUGAUGUUUCCUUACCGCGCCGCAUACUUCAUACCGCUAGUUAUCGGGGGAAUAUGUGAAACCUUCGGCUAUUAUGGCCGUGCCUGGUCCCAUCAAGGCCGGACGCUCAUCGGUCCCUGGGCCUUGCAGGAGAUGCUCAUCCUCUGCGCGCCGCCAUUCAUCGCCGCCACCAUCUACAUGAUCCUCGGACGCAUGAUCGUGGCUUUCGCUGCCGAACACCACUCCGUCAUCCGCCCCAAAUGGCUCACCAAGAUCUUCGUCCUCAACGAUGUCAUCUGCUUUCUAACGCAGAUUGGCGGUGCCGGGGUGCAAGUCACCGGCGACGAGCAUCUCAUGAAAACGGGUAUCAAAGCCGUCCUGGCAGGAUUAAUAUUCUCUCUGGUGAUAUUUCUAUUGUUUGUGUGGGUUGCUAUUGUUUUUCAUCUGCGGUUGAGUCGCGAGCCGACGUGGGUGGUCAAUGAGAAUCCGUGGUUGAUGGGUGGAUGGAAGAGAUAUAUGUGGGCGUUGUAUGUGGCGUGUGGGGCCUUGAUGCUGAGAAACUUGGUCAGGACGGUGCAGUUUGGAGCCAAUGAGACGUCCCCUUUGAACACUCAGGAGGUCUAUAUUUAUGUCUUUGAUGCCGCGUUGAUGUUUGUUUCUAUGGCCGUGUUGGCAGUUUAUCAUCCGGGAACGAUGAUUAAGAAGGCGAGAAGGACCAAGGAGGCGGCGGAGUAUUGCCAGCCCAUGACGGAUAUCGGGGAUGAGGAGGGGGGGAAAUAA